CGGUGAUAUAAGAGGAAACGCUGACCAUGAAUAGUCAGAACGACGCAUUGACAGGCUGACGGUAAACGUAUAUCAGAAACCAAAGAAAGAUGAACAUUCUCCAAACAAAGGCUCAGUUUGACCAGAUGCUGGCAGCCAAUCCGGGGAAACUGAUCGUCGUGGACUUUUUCGCAACAUGGUGUGGGCCGUGUAGAGACAUUGCACCUUUCCUUGAGUCUCUGUCGGAUAAAUAUGACCAAGUUGUGUUCUGCAAGGUCGACGUUGACGAAAAUCAGGAUACGUCAGAGGAGUGUGGUGUUGAUUGUAUGCCGACGUUCAGGUUCUACAUAAACGGAAUAGAGGUGGACUCUCUGGAAGGAGCUGACAGAGAGAGACUGGAGAGCAAGAUAGUCAGCAACCUGUGAUGUUCUUUGUUGUGAUCACGCGAAGGAAGUUGUCCAUAUUUGGAGAAAGUAGACGAUAAACACACGUGAAUUAGUGCGUGCAAGCAACACCAUUGGUACAUGUACGCAGUAGAGUGUAGAAGAAAUUCAAUGCUGUUCAACUAAUCGGCACGCGUUUAAACAACAUGUAGUUCAUGGUAAUAAACAUAAUGUUAACUGA